UAUGGGCCCACUUUUGUUGAAGCAAGGAUAUGGAUUGCAACUUAACAUACCUGGAAUUUGUAGAGCUAAAGAUGGUUCUACAUACAAUAUUUGAGUACCAAUUGGGUAAUCAUGGGCUCAAACCCGGACCGAACCGGUUGUGGCCCGGAGCGGACAAAAAACCUAAAUGGGUUAAAAUUGAGGAGCCUAAACUGGACCAUGCCUUUCCGGUUUGGGUUUGGUCCAGGUUAAGUAACCCGAGACCCCAUUCUUUUUACAAAAUGAAGAUCAGAGGACAGAGUAGAGGAUCACCGAGUCACUUUCACAGAUAAGUUAUGGACCGCCGACGGGGUUGCGAAACAAGGCAUGAUGCAACAAUCGACCAAUAUUCUAAGGACUCCAAAGAAACCUAGAUUUCUAUGCCUCCAUGGACACUUGUCGAGUGCUACAAUACUUGAACAACAACUUAAAGUGUGGCCAGAAUCAGUUACCAGUAAAAUGGAAUUCGUAUACGUCAAUGGAAGUGUCCCCCUCGACUACGAUGAUGGAACAUCAGUCGAUCAAUAUUUUGGAUGGUUCGACUUCGACAAGGUUACUAUGGAUCAGUAUGAAAUAAUUGACGAAGGAAUUGCAUAUAUAGAAGAUCGUAUGAUAGAGCUUGGACCGUUCGACGGAUUGCUUGGUUUUUCUGAAGGAGCCCUUAUAUCAGCAUCAUUACCAGGAUUGCAGCAACAGGGGCUUUGUCUCAAAAAAGUUGAGAAAAUUGAACAUGUUAUCGUAAUUUCUGGAGGUGGAUAUCCAGUACCAGAGCUUACAGAACCAGCUUUACCUUUUCCGAUAAAUAUUCCAUCCCUUCACAUUUUUGGAGAAACUGACAUUGCAAGGCGACAUGCACCAGAACUCGUCGACGCAUAUGUGGAUCCACUAGUUUUAUACCAUCAUGGUGGUCAUGAGGUGCCGAAACUAGACGAAGAAGGAUUGAGAAUCAUGUAUGAAUUCCUUGAGAGAAUUAAUGCAAUCUUUUGAUAAAGUUGCUUCCUGUAUUGUUGCAUUUUUUUUUUGUCGUUUGUAAAAUUUAUAUACCAAGCAAUGUUAUUUUACAACAUACUUGAAAUGUAAGAUGGUUCAAUCAAUAAAAAGCGGUAAAAUAAAGAGACAACGAUUCUUCU